GGUAGGGCAAGAUGAGACCUGAUCUGGGCGGAUCUGAGCCGUAUGUUUCAGCAAACACCUUGAGCGUUUCACCUGAACCACUCCACAUUCUACAACCCUUUCAGCAAACACUCACUACAGCUCACUGGGAUGGCUCUUAUAAAGGGGAUAUUUGGGAUAUUUCUGCUUUUUGGUGGACUAUACAUGACUUUGGGCAUGAAUGUGGACAUACCACAGAAAGAAUAUAAGAUCGCGAGGGGUGAUAAUGUGACGAUCCCGUGCACAUUCAAGCCUCCAGGGCCCGAUCUGUCUGUCAUUGUGACAUGGUCCAGUAUAGAUCUUGAAGCUCCAGAUAAUCCUUCGAAAACUAUCCUCACUUACUUCAAUCCCAUUAAAAUUACAGUAACCAAAGCAUAUAAAGGCCGUGCAUCUCUUCAACACGAUAUCCUUAAAGGAUUCGCCAACCUGCAGUUGAGUACGGUCACCAGCGCUGACACGCGCAAUUAUGAGUGUAAAGUUCAAGUUGAGGCCGACGAGGAUGGCAGCCUGUCUGAUACAGCCAAACUCAUUGUGUUGGUGGCUCCAUCACCUCCCGACUGUAAAGUUGUUGGAGUAGCAGAAUUUGGCCAGAACAUCAAUCUCACCUGUUUCUCUCAAGAGGGCACUCCGAAACCCGUCUACAAGUGGCAAAGUCAUAAUGUCAAUAACAUUCCUCGUCCAAACCCGCCAAAGGCCACCGACCAAAAUGGAGUUUUAUCACUCUACAAUAUUUCCCAAGACACGUCUGGUUACUACAUUUGCACAUCCACCAAUGAGAUCAGAUCGGCAAAGUGUAAUCUGACGCUGGCCGUCAUGCCACCGUCCAUGAACAUUGCAUCCACAGCUGGUAUAAUCGCAGCAAUUGUGGCUGCAAUUGUGAUUUUGGGGAUCAUCAUCUUCUGCUGUCGUCGCUGCAAGAGGAAGGAGAAGGAGGAGGAAUACGCCAUGGGAUCUCCUGAAGGAGGCGAGUUCACUGACAAGGAGCCUGAUGGAAAAGCUGAUGGUCAUGAGGAACAUGUCAACUAUGAGGAGGAACGUCGUGUGAAAAGCGCAGUCAAGCCUCAAGAUCCACGCGACGACCGAAGCGAGAGAAGCUAUGGUCGCCGAAGCGAUUACGAUGACCGGAAAGAUCAGUACUCCGACAAGCAAGAUGACCGCCGAGAGAGGUAUGAUCGCGAUGACCAUUACGAUGAUCGUCGAGAUCGCUAUGAUGAUCGCAGCGAUCGCUAUGACGACCGUCGGGACCGCUACGAUGAUCGCUAUGCUGACCGGCGGGAUUACAAUGACGAUCGCAAUAGUGAUCGCUACUCUGAUCACUACGACAGUCGCGACAGACCGCCGAGUGUUCCGCUUAAUAAACCCAAAGUCCCACGGAGCUAAGUUCAGUUAACGCUUUAUGCUGUUUGUUAAAGUACAUAGAUGAUGGAAAAUUAGAUCUAUCCUGAGAUUUUAAGGAAUGAAAGGCUUUUAUUAAUGUAGGCUUCUACUGAACAAACCAGCCAACACAUAUCUAAAUUGCAAGCAUAUUUUCACAGUCUCUUAAGUGUUUAUUUUGUAAAACAAGAAAUUGACACAGUAAAAUCUUUUUAAUUUGUAUAUAAGCAGGACAACUGAGUAGCUUAUUGGCUUGAUGUAUAUCGAUUUUACUGAUUGUGAAACACCAUUAUGUUUGAAUACCUCUUAUCGUAGGUAUUGCUUAUCAACAUAUGUACAUGUAUUUCUUUAUUUUUAGACUUUGUGUAAUAUUUUCACUCUUCAUUUAGUAGAUAUUGCUCCCAGCUGGUCAUCUAUUGUCCUAUAAAGUGUUUCUCAGUACAGAAUGCUGAUGGACUCUUGAUUCUCUUAUGAAAGUGGCCUGAUUGUUUCUUGAUGACUGAAUGGAAUGAUUGUAAGCGACAAUCUUUGAGUUUCCUGCAGGCCAUUUUGAUUUCACCUAUAAUUAAAUUCUUUUUUUUAUUUUUUUAUUCUGAAACAGUUAACUUUGAUCUCAGAGGAAAUGUAUUUGCAAGAGAAUGUGAACAUACAUUUACUGAUUAAUAUAAAUAGACACAAAUAAUCAUAUUGUUUUUUGUAUUUGAUUUUUAUUGUUUUGAUUGAUUUUUACAUUAUAUAUUCUGAUCAUGUUUCCAGUGAAGUGUGUUUAUAAGCUUUUAUAUGAGAAUCAUUAAAUGCAUGUUUCAGAAAUGAAAAAUAUUGGAGACCAGGUCUAGUUGUCACAUCUUUUAUAUCAGUGUAUAUUUUAUAUCAGAGUAGGGUUAGUUUGAAAGUCAGUUAUUGUAUAAGACACUUAUACAAUAAGACCUUAAAGUCAAGAUACAGUUCAAUGAACACACGUUGACUCCUGAAGUGGGGCAUGUUGUCACAUAUGAGAAUCUGCUGUUUGACUGGAGAAGAAUAUAUUUAAGAUAUGAAAAUGAAAAACCAUCCUCCUUUUCAGUUUUAACCUUCUGAGACCCGAGCGUGACUGCUGUGUGCAUUUUCCAUUUACCUUUUUGAUUUGUAACUAGUGGCACCAAAUAAACAAGCAAAAAAAUAAAAAUAAUAAUAAUAUGUGGACAGUGGGACUAAGUUUUAAAUAAUAUCAAGCUAUAGAAAGUCAGAUUUUUUCAUCAAAUAGUUGAUUAUGUUUCCAGGAGUGUUGAUUAUUCAUGUUUUUGAGACGUUACAGACAUUACAUCAGAAAUUAUCAUAAUUAAUUCUGAUUCAAAGUAAUGCCCAGCAUCAUCCAAUCACUGUCAAUCAUGUUAAAAUAAAAUGAUACAUUAUAAAUUCUGAA